ACUUUUAAUUUAUUAUAACGUUUUAAUACUAUUAUAACUAUUUAUAAACGUGUGAACACUUGAGAAUUUUUAUUCGUCCUACACUAGAUUAAUUUUAAAGACAACUAAUGGAACAAAAUCAAAGUGAAUUUGACGAAACUGAAGAAAAUCUAAGACACUUACGAAUAUGUCUCAAACCUCUUUCAUCGACAAUAAAUCCAGAAGUUCCACGCGAGUUGAACAAUGAUCCCUACUCGUAUAGAAAGAUGCCAAUUUCGGAGUUCGUUGAUUUAAAAAGCAUGUUUAACGAUCCAUGGGCAGAGUUGAUGGCAGAUUUAGAAGAUAAAAAAAAUGCUCAAAAACCUAGAACUGUAGCGAAUGACAGUUCAGUUGAUAUUAAAUGUGAGAAAUACGCACUUGAAGAUUCCUCUACAACUAGUACGUCAGACGGAGCUACUAUGAACAUUAGUAGUAGCUAUGAAGAGAUCAGCGAUAUCAAAAUGUUGACUGACAAGGCCAAAGAUUUUUACAAAAAUAAGCUUACAAAACCUACAAAUUUAAGUCGCUUGAGCACGGAUUCCGUUUUUAUGCAAAACAAUUUUGAUGGACGAGAUUUUAUGAAAGAUUCAACUGGCAGCAUCAAUCAGCGAUUGUCAACUGACAAAAUCAGUGAUCUUUUAAGCAGCAUGCCGGAGCCUGGGGAUUUGAUAAGACAGUUGAGCACAGAUUCUAUACUCAUGAACAACGAUUUUUAUGGGUGUGAUCUGAUAAGAAAUUUAAAUCGGACCAGCAGUCAACGAUUGACAACUGACGAGAUCAGCGAUUUUUUAAGUCACAUCUCGGAAUCUAGUGAUUUAAGUCAUCUGAGUACAGAUUCCGUUUUUAUACGAGUAAACGACACUUCGAGGCAGACUGAUACUAGUGUUGAAAAAGUGCAAACUAUAUUGAUGAAAUAUAUCGGUUUCAUAGAAAGAAUUACAAAUGCGACGAUGAACAUGUUUUAUAAACUCAAAAAUUAUUUAUGGCAGAAGUGACAUGUUUAUAGAAGUUUCAAUCAUACGUCGCCUUAUGCUUCGAAAAUUUGAAAUUUUAAUGUGCAGUUCUUAUUUCGAUUGAAUAAUUAUAACUUUACUACGAAUAAAUUGUGGCUUAAGCUCUUAAAUUUUAUGAAUUAA